UUCAAGCGACAAACUCUCCCAUGGUGGAUGCCUAUCAACCCCUGCCAUUCUAAGGAGGAGAGGAGCUUCAUCGCUUCAAUCUUAUUCACCUUGCCAAUCUUCCCUAUCUGUUAAUGGCAGCUACUUUAGGAACCUUCUUCAGACCUGCUCCUUCUUUCAACAAACCCAAACUCGAAUACGCUACCAAACAACGUAAUUCUACCAUUUUGGCUCGAACCUUUUCCAAUGUUACUGAGGAGGCGGCUUCUGCUUCUGCUUCAGCUUCAUCCUCUUCUAGAGUUACACAAGCCAAAUCCUUCUCAGGCAAGCCAGAAGCAGAUGUUGUUGUUAUAGGAAGUGGUCUUGGCGGACUGUGCUGUGCAGGACUUUUAGCUAGAUAUGGGCAGGAUGUUAUAGUUUUGGAAAGCCAUGACCAACCAGGUGGUGCUGCUCAUGCAUUUGAGAUCAAAGACUACAAAUUCGACUCUGGCCCAUCUCUGUUUUCAGGAUUUCAAUCUAGAGGUCUCCAGGCGAAUCCCCUUGCACAAGUUUUGGAUGCCUUGGGAGAGUCAAUUCCAUGUGCCAAGUAUGACUCAUGGAUGGUUUAUGUACCUGAAGGGGAAUUUCUCUCACGCAUUGGUCCGACGGAAUUUUUCAAGGACUUGGAGACGUAUGCUGGUCCAAAUGCUGUGCUGGAAUGGCAAAAACUUCUUGAUGCGAUACUUCCAUUAUCUGCAGCUGCCAUGGCUUUGCCUCCUUUAUCUAUCCGAGGAGACUUGGGUGUUCUUUCCACCGCUGGAGCUAGAUAUGCACUUUCACUCCUAAAAUCAUUUGCACAAAUGGGACCUCAAGGCGUUCUUGGUGCUACAAAGCUUUUACGGCCGUUUUCAGAAGUUGUUGAUUCAUUGGGGUUGAAAGAUCCUUUCAUCAGGAACUGGGUGGAUCUUUUGUCUUUCUUGCUUGCUGGGGUGAAAUCUGAUGGUGUACUUUCAGCAGAGAUGAUUUAUAUGUUUGCAGAAUGGUAUAAACCAGGUUGCAAUUUAGAAUACCCUCUUGGAGGAAGUGGAGAAAUUGUUAAUGCUCUUGUUCGAGGAUUAGAGAAAUUCGGUGGACGAAUCUCUCUAAGAAGUCAUGUGGAAAAUAUCGUUGUUGAGAAUGGCCGAGCAACAGGAGUGAAGCUAAGAAGUGGUCAAUUUGUGCGUGCAAGGAAAGCUGUUGUAAGCAAUGCAUCUAUGUGGGACACUCUAAAGUUGCUACCGAAGGAAGCCAUUCCCAAAUCAUAUGAGGAUAGGAUUGAAAAUACUAAGCAAUGCGAGUCUUUUAUGCAUCUGCAUCUGGGAUUUGACGCAGAGGGAAUACGGGAAGACUUGGGAAUUCAUCAUAUAGUUGUAAAUGAUUGGAACCGGGGAGUCGAUGCUGAUCAAAACGUGGUGUUGAUAUCUGUGCCUAGUGUACUCAGUCCGGAUGUAGCCCCUCCUGGAAAGCAUGUUUUACAUGCCUACACCCCAGGAACCGAGCCAUUUGAACUUUGGGAAGGUCUUGAUCGUAAAAGCACAGAAUACAAACAACUCAAAGCUGAGAGAUCUGAGGUGCUAUGGAAAGCGGUGGAGCGUUCACUUGGUCCAGGUUUCAGCCGUGAUAAAUGUGAGGUGAAGUUAGUUGGAACUCCAUUGACACACCAAAGAUUUCUUAGAAGGAACAGAGGAACUUAUGGACCAGCAAUACAAGCCGGAAAAGAGUCUUUCCCUGGACACCCGACUCCGAUUUCACAGCUUUAUUGCUGUGGGGAUUCCACCUUUCCCGGAAUCGGUGUCCCUGCUGUUGCUGCUAGCGGUGCCAUUGUUGCUAAUUCACUGGUUUCUGUUUCUCAACACGCCGAGCUUCUUGAUGCUGUAGGAAUAUGAUUCAUAGUCUCUUAUUUUAAUUCUUGUGUGAGCAUUGCUGCUCAUCACUUGAAGAACUUCAGAUGGCUUCAGACACUUUGUAGCUCAAACACACAGAAAAGGGAGUGGUAUGAAUAUAAGAAGGCAUGGCUU